AUGUUGGGUAUCAUAUGUAAGGUUUCUAAUAGGGAUGUUGGGUAUCAUGUACAAGGAACAUGCAAAGGUUGUAAACACGGAGAGACAAAUAACUUAGAAGAAAAGCUAACCAAGCUUCAAGAAGAAAACGAGAAGCUCAGUCAGCUCAACAAAUCCCUCUACCGGGAAGUAGAAGAACUACAGGAUUACAAAAAGAAAAUAAAUAGCGAAGGCAAUAACAAGAAGUCACCUGACGUGCAGCACUUGGAGACAGAUCUCAAACACGCUAAAGAAGCUCUAGCAGCAUUAAAACACGACAGGAAAAGACUGAAAGUCGAGAAGUUUGAUCUUCUAAACCAGAUGAAACAACUAUACAGCACUUUAGAGGAUAAAGAAAAGGAGCUGAGAGACUUCAUACGAAACUAUGAACAGAGAAUGAAACAGAGCGAUGAAAAUUUAAAGCAG